GGAUUCUGAUUGGCCUCAGUGUGGAAAUGGGCGUGGUCAGCCCCUGACAGAGAGCGGAGGGAUCAGGCAUAGCUACAGGCGCUGAAGACAAACCUGCAUUUCAUAUACAUUUAAAAGUUUAUUAAAAAGAAGAUAUCAAGCGUUUAUCUGUAUUGUAUGUUUUUGAACUAUUUCGGACCUGGAAUUUGAGGGAAAGAAUAUUAAAAAAAAAUAAUAAUAAACAGCCCCGAAUCGCACCGCUCUCGCUCGUGCAAGACUUCACCAUCUUCUCAUCGAAAGACGGGGGCUGGCGAUGGAGUCCCCGGUGGAUGUCUCCAGGCUGGAGCAGGAGGUGGUGGAGGAGCUGGGGGUGUCCAUGGAGGAGCUGCGGGUCUGGAUCGAUGAGGAGGUGGAGAAGUGUGACUUCUUCAAGCAGCGCAAAGCGCAGCUGAGCGAGCUGGAGAGCUGGGUGCAGCAGAAAGAGGCCGAGGUGGAGUCUGUGGACAAGCUCUUCGUGGACGCUUCACAGUCCGUGGUGGACUGCGAGGCUCUGGUGAAGGAGCUCUACGCCAAGCUGAGUCUGAGCUAUCGGGAGAGCAGCUCCGAGGACGAGGACGCGGCUUCCAAGGGGGGCAAAGAGGGUGAGGUCAUUGAGAUCGACGACGAGGAAGACGAGGACGAGGACCAGGUGGUGGACGUGGAAGGCGUCGUUCCUGCAACGAAGCUACCAGCUACCCCAACCACCAAGGAUCCAGCAAUGUUUAAAGAUGCCAUGGCCGCUAUGAAGAAGUCUGCUCAGGAGGUGCAGAAGUUCGUGGAUGCCGUUUCCAAGAGCAGCCCGGAGCCCCCCUCCACCUCCCUGCUGAAUCGAGGACCCCCAGCCCCUCAGAGUCUCUCCUCUCAGCCCCCGCAGCAGGCAGGGGGUGUCGCAGUGAAGGAGGGGGAGCUGGUGCUGUACAUGCGCAUCCUGGGCAAGAAGAGGACCAAGACCUGGCACAAGGGCACCCUGAUCGCUAUCAACCCCACGGGCUCGGGCAGCUUCAAAUACAAAGUGAAAUUCGACAACAAGGGGAAGAGCCUGCUGUCAGGAAACCACGUGGCGUUCGAUUACCACCCCGCGCUGGACAAGCUGCACGUGGGCGCCCGCGUGGUAGCCAAGUACAAGGACGGGAACCAGGUGUGGCUCUACGCGGGCGUGGUGGCAGAGAUGCCCAACAGCAAGAACAAAAUGAGGUUUCUGAUCUUCUUCGAUGACGGCUACGCCUCUUACGUCAGUCUGCCAGAGCUGUACCCGAUCUGCAGGCCGUUGAAAAAGACCUGGGAGGAUAUCGAGGAUGCUUCCUGCCGUGACUUCAUCGAGGAGUACGUCACCUCCUACCCCAACCGGCCAAUGGUGCUGCUCAAAGCGGGUCAGCUGAUCAAGACGGAGUGGGAGGGGACCUGGUGGAAGUCCCGCGUGGAGGAAGUGGACGGCAGCCUGGUCAAGAUCCUCUUCCUGGAUGAUAAGCGCUGUGAGUGGAUCUACCGCGGCUCCACGAGGCUCGAGCCCAUGUUCAACCUCAAGAUGAACACGGCCAACUUCCAGGAGAAGAAGCAAGCCGGGCUGCAGCGGACCCGGCCGAACAUGGGCGCCCUGAGGUCCAAGGGGCCGGUGGUUCAGUACACCCAGGAGCUGAGCGGGACAGGCCCAGCCAAGCCAGCCGCACCGGGACCCCAGCCCAGGAUCCUGCCCAAGCCUGACUCCCCGCAGACACAGCCCCCCAGGAACGAGAGUCCGGACAGCCAGGUGUCGUCUCAGAGCCGCAACAAGCAGCAGGUAGCAAAGAAGAGCACGUCCGCCUUCGGGGCGCCCAAGACGCCCCCCUCCUCCUCCUCCCCCGCUGAGAGCCAGAGCCAGAACCAGAGCCAGAGCCAGAGCCAGAACCAGAACCAGAACCAGAACCUUACCAGGACCCUGAUCCCAACCUCGCACCCCAGGUCAUCCCCCGCUGAGAGCCAGAGCCAGAGCCAGAACCAGAGCCAGAACCAGAGCCAGAACCAGAACCAGAGCCAGAACCAGAACCUUACCAGGACCCUGAUCCCAACCUCGCACCCCAGGUAUUUCUUACUCCACACCGCUACCACCACACCCCUCCAGCAAAGCCAGCAGCAGCAGCAGCAGCAGCAGCAAAUCCUCCAGCAACCGUCCUCCACCACCUCCUCCUCCUCCUCCCCUCAGCUCUACCACUCCUCCCUGAGCGACCGCAUGCCCCUGGAGCCCUCCUACCAGGCCCCCAGCGAGAAGCUCUUCUACGUGCCCCACAGCUGCGGCCCGGGCUGCCUGGACCGACUCCGCCCCGCCCGGCUGGACCAGUUCCGCGGCCGCAACCCGCUCCUCGUCCCCUUGCUGUACGACUUCCGGAGGAUGACGGGCCGGCGACGGGUGAACCGGAAGAUGUGGUUCCACGUGAUCUACAAGUCCCCCUGCGGGCUGAGCCUGCGCAGCAUGACGGAGAUCGAGCGCUACGUGUUCUCCACCCGCUGCGACUUCCUCUUCCUCGAGAUGUUCUGCCUGGACCCUUACGUGCUGGUGGACCGUCGCUUCCAGCCCCAGAAGCCCUUCUACUUCGUGAGAGACAUCACCCGUGGCAGGGAGGACGUGCCGCUGUCCUGCGUCAACGAGAUCGACAUGACCCCGCCCCCCAGCGUGGCCUACAGCAAGGAGCGGCUCCCGGGCAAGGGCGUGGCUAUCAACACCAGCGGGGACUUCCUGGUGGGGUGCGACUGCACUGACGGCUGCAGAGACAAGUCCAAGUGUGCGUGUCACCAGCUGACUCUGCAAGCCACCACCUGUACCCCAGGGGCGCAGAUGAACCCCAGCGCAGGCUACACGGACAAGAGGCUGGAGGAGUGCCUGCCCACGGGGGUCUAUGAGUGUAAUAAGCGCUGUGGCUGCAACCCUCAGAUGUGCACGAACAGGCUGGUGCAGCACGGGCUGCAGGUGAGGCUCCAGCUGUUCAAGACUCAGAACAAGGGCUGGGGCAUCCGCUGCCUGGACGACAUCGCCAAGGGCUCCUUCGUGUGCAUCUACGCAGGUAAAAUCCUGACUGACGACUUUGCCGACAAGGAAGGCCUGGAGAUGGGGGACGAGUAUUUCGCCAACCUGGACCACAUCGAGAGUGUGGAGAACUUCAAGGAGGGCUACGAGAGCGACGCCAAGUGCUCCUCGGACGGGAGUGGUGUGGACGUGAAGGGAGGGGCCAGGGGCGGGGCCUUGAGGCUGGGCCGGCCCGGGGGGCGGGGCCAGGGAGGGCCGGCGCAGCGGCGGGACAGAGAGAACGAAGACAACAGCGACCGCUCGGACUCGGACUCCGAUGACGAGGACGAGGAGGAGGAGGAGGACGACGACGACGAUGAAGAGGAGGAGGAGGAGGAGAGCUCGGACGACAACUUCUGCAAGGAGGAGUUCUUCAACGCCAGCUCGGUGUGGCGCAGCUACGCCACCCGCAGGCAGACCCGCGGCAUGAAGGAGGGGGGCGCUGUCGUUGCUGCCGCCGCGCCGGGGGGGGACAGUAAGGAGGGUCUGUCCCGGCAGCAGAGCCUGGAGGACAGCCAGCCCCCCGUGUCGGAGGAGACUGGGAAGAACAAGGUGGCGUCCUGGCUGAGCGGCAUCAAGCAGGAGCAGAACAAGCCCGUCAAGAAGGAGCCGCAGCAAGACAAGGACUGUAAGGAAGAACAGAAGGUGUUUGAGAACAGCAGGAUGUUUGGGUACAACCCGUUCCCAGUGAAGACUGAGGGGAUGCGCCGUCCCGUCACCAAAACCCAGCUGCUGCAGAGCGUGCGUGGCCCGGGAGCGCAGACACAGGCAGAGGAUGUGAUGACCCUGUCCAGCUCUGACAGCGAGGGGGGCCGGAAGAGGAGGGGGGCCCAGAACCCCGGCAACGACAGCGAUGACAUCCAGACCAUCUCCUCGGGGUCCGAGGGGGGGGAGGAGAAGAGGAACACCAGCACCGGUAACACCAGCACAGGGAGGAGAGGAGAGGGGGGUAGAGAGGAGAGGAGAGGAGAGGAGAGGAGAUGGGAGGGGAGGGGAGGAGAUGACAUCCAGACCAUCUCCUCGUGGUCCGAGGGGGGGGAGGAGAAGAGGAACACCAGCACCGGUAACACCAGCACAGGGCCGGUGAAGAGGCAGGUCGCUGUCAAGUCGACUCGCGGUUUCGCUCUCAAGUCGACGCACGGCAUCGCGGUGAAGACGAGCAACAUGCCGUCGGCAGAGAAGGGAGACGGCGCCCCCGUCUGGAAAAAGACGCGUCCGUUCUACGAUGGAGAGGAGUCCUGUUACAUCAUCGAUGCCAAGCUGGAGGGGAACCUCGGGAGAUACCUCAACCAUAGCUGCAGCCCCAACCUGUUUGUCCAGAAUGUCUUUGUGGACACCCACGAUCUGAGGUUUCCCUGGGUCGCAUUCUUCGCCAGCAAGCGAAUACGUGCCGGGACGGAGCUGACCUGGGAUUAUAACUACGAGGUGGGGAGCGUGGAGGGCAAGGAGCUGCUGUGCUGCUGCGGGUCCACAGAGUGCCGGGGCCGCCUGCUGUAACCCUGGGGCCACGUCCGAACCCCUAACCCAUCCACGCUCACACACACAGAGUGCCGGGGCUGCCUGCUGUAACCCUGGGGCCACGCCCGAACCCCUAACCCAUCCACGCUCACACACACAGAGUGCCGGGGCCGCCUGCUGUAACCCUGGGGCCACGUCCGAACCCCUAACCCAUCCACGCUCACACACACAGAGUGCCGGGGCUGCCUGCUGUAACCCUGGGGCCACGCCCGUACCCCUAACCCAUCCACGCUCACACACACAGAGUGCCGGGGCUGCCUGCUGUAACCCUGGGGCCACGCCCGUACCCCUAACCCAUCCACACACACACACACACACACACACACACAGAGUGCCGGGGCCGCCUGCUGUAACCCUGGGGCCACGCCCGAACCCCUAACCCAUCCACACACAACCUGAGCCCUUCACUGCCACAAGAGGAAUAGGAGGCUUGCGUUUUGUGGGGCUUUAUGAUUUGAUAGUUAGUUUGCAGUAUUUCAAACCGUGCUCGAUAUCCACGUGUCUCCCGGAGCCCAGGAGAUGCAGACCUUUUUAUAAUUUUUUUUUUUUUUUUGCGUUUAAAAGUUUUUGUGCUCCAUAUUAAGCUGUGAAACGUUUUAUCUUCACUGUUUAUUCCACUAACUAAGCUGUUUUAAUUCUAAUAAUAAUAAUAAUAAUAAUGAUAAUGCAUGUUGUUGUUUUUCACUCUGAGCUGAAGUUUCCCAGGUUCAGGCGCUCUGAACUGCGUUCUGUUGUUUAGGUGAGGUAGUGUAAGAUUAGUGUUACUCUGUCGCUUUGCUCAGAGAUCGCUGUAGUCCUGCUCUCCUAGCGUGUUGAAUAUCUCUCCCAGAUUGCUUUGUUGCAUUGCUGUACAGUCCUGCUCUCAGUGUGUUGAAUCUCUAUCUCUGAGAUCACUGUACAGUCCUGCUCUCAGUGUGUUGAAUCUCUAUCUCUGAGAUCACUGUACAGUCCUGCUCUCAGUGUGUUGAAUCUCUAUCUCUGAGAUUGCUGUACAGUCCUGCUCUCAGUGUGUUGAAUCUCUAUCUCUGAGAUCGCUGUACAGUCCUGCUCUCUGUGUUGAAUCUCUAUCUCUGAGAUCGCUGUACAGUCCUGCUCUGUGUUGAAUCUCUAUCUCUGAGAUCACUGUACAGUCCUGCUCUCUGUGUUGAAUCUCUAUCUCUGAGAUCGCUGUACAGUCCUGCUCUCGGUGUUGAAUCUCUAUCUGAGAUCGCUGUACAGUCCUGCUCUCAGUGUGUUGAAUCUCUAUCUCUGAGAUCGCUGUACAGUCCUGCUCUCUGUGUUGAAUCUCUAUCUCUGAGAUCGCUGUACAGUCCUGCUCUCUGUGUUGAAUCUCUAUCUCUGAGAUCGCUGUACAGUCCUCCUGUGUUGAAUCUCUGUCUCUGCGAUCGCUGUAGUCCUGCUCUUCCAAUGUGUUCAAUAUCUCUGUCUGCGAUUGCUGUCCAAUCCUGCUCUCAGUGUGUUGAAUCUCUAUCUCUGAGAUCUCUGAACAGUCCUCCUGUGUUGAAUCUGUCUCUGCGAUCGCUGUAGUCCUGCUCUUCCAGUGUGUUGAAUAUCUCUGUCUGCGAUUGCUGUCCAAUCCUGCUCUGUGUGUUGAAUCUCUAUCUCUGAGAUCGCUGUAGUCCUGCUCUCCCAGUGUUGAAUAUCUCGAUCUCUGAACAGUCCUCCUGUGUUGAAUCUGUCUCUGCGAUCGCUGUAGUCCUGCUCUUCCAGUGUGUUGAAUAUCUCUGUCUGCGAUUGCUGUCCAAUCCUGCUCUCAGUGUGUUGAAUCUCUAUCUCUGAGAUCGCUGUACAGUCCUGCUCUCCCAGUGUUGAAUAUCUCGAUCUCUGAACAGUCCUCCUGUGUUGAAUCUGUCUCUGCGAUCGCUGUAGUCCUGCUAUUCCAGUGUGUUCAAUAUCUCUGUCUGCGAUUGCUGUCCAAUCCUGCUCUCAGUGUGUUGAAUCUCUCUCUCUCUGUGAGAUUGCUUUGCUGUUCAGUCCAGCUCUCAGUGUGUUGAUGAUGCAGUUUAUCUGACAGUGCUGGAAACAGGCCCAGUUUGCUGAUGAUGCUGCUGCUGCUGCUGGUGGAGUGGUCAAUGCUAAGUGCUUUAUUAGCUGUACUGUUCUUGUAUGUAUUAUAUAUGUGUUGUAAUAAACGAUGCAAGUUUUGCAUGUGUAAAAAAAAAAAAAACACAAUGUUUGGGAGUGUUCUUUUGUUUUUUCUUACUGAAAGAAAGCUGUCUGUUUGUGUCUUGAGUGAACCCUGUUCUAAAUUCUUUAACUGAACUAAUCACUGAAACCUCCACCCUUCCAAACCCUGAAUUUGACCUGUUUAAAAACCUCCAGGCCUGUGUUUUGAGUGGACCCCCCCUCCUGGUCUCAGCGUUUAAUAAAAGGGUUCAGAGCGAGGUCUUGAACCAGCUGUCGUGUGUGUGUGUGUGUGUGUGAUAAAUAUCUUCCUCACCCAAACCCCAGAGUAACCAGACUGCUGCAUUACUGAAGAACAGAAAACACACGGACGAAUGCCACUGUUUAAUUAUUAUUAUUAUUAUUAUUGUAAUAAAAAUUAUUAUUUAAAACAAAACAAGCAAAGAAACUUCUUUGGGACAAAGCAGGCAUUGGUCAUGAGUUUAGGAAUGGAAGGAAGAGGGAGAGGGAAGAAAUGGAAGGAGGGAGGGAUGGAAAGAGGGAAGAAGGGAGGAAUAAGUGGAGGAAGCUGGUGAAGGCACUUGAUAAGUCACAAAAACAAAAACAAAAAAGUUAUUACAAAUAUCCCACUGUCACCGAAGUUCUCUUCUCCACUGAAAUGUCUCGUGGCUCCUUGGUGCAGCGUGGUGCUAUUUCCGCUGUGGGGGAAGGGUGAGGUUUGGGGCCCGGGCGCAGGCCAUUCUGUGUGACUGCAGGUCCUGGCUCUACUGCCACAACGAAGUCUUUCAUUUCUCUUCUCGUGUUCUUUCAUUUUUUUCCUGCAUGAAGAGGGUUAGUUUCUCGAUGUUACUGUAACUGUUAUCAGACUUGACGGGCUCAUUAUUAAUUGAUACGGGGGGGGGGGGGGCUCAUUACUGGUCCAAA